AUGCGGAUGAUGCAGUGGCUGUACCUCUCCGGGCUGGUCUUUUCUGCGCUGAUCGCAGCAGGGCGGCAGAUGGGACCCGAGGACUGGGAUGACACAUCCAGGUGGCAGUCGUACAAACCCCAAAGCGCCCGAAGCGUUGCAUCCAGCACCAAGAGACAUUCGGAAGGGACCUUCACCAGCGACUUCACGCGCUACCUGGACAAGAUGAAGGCCAAGGACUUUGUGCACUGGCUCAUCAACACCAAGCGCUCCACAAAGCGGUACCUGAGGGAGGAGCCCCGCGGCGUCCCCUUCCCGGGCAAGGUCCUGCCAUUCCUGUAA